CUCGCUACCCGUUUCUUAAUGGUCACUGCUGGUCACAUCUGUUGACAGAAUGGUCCUCACACUCCUAGGGCUGGAGCUUGGACAACCACUGAGGCAGGGGUAGCUGGCCAGUCCACGUUGGAUCUCAGCAUUUCCUGGGCUUCGCCUCAGCUCUCCUAAAGCCUGUGCUAGCGAGUGUGUGACCGAAACUGCCCUCCCACUUUCCACACCAGGUCUGGAUUUCCCACCGACACCCAGGACCGUCAUGCACGAAGAGACAAUGAACUCCACAGAGGGCUAUGAGGAGUACUCUGACUCGAUCUUAUCUGUGUCUCCAGACGACUUGCCCUUAUCGGUGUCUCCAGACGAUGCGCCGUGCUCCUUGCAGGAGGUCAGAGAGUUCACCAGGGUAUUUGUGCCGACUGCCUACUCUUUAAUAUGUGUCUUUGGCCUCCUGGGCAACAUUAUGGUAGUGAUGACCUUUGCCUUCUACAAGAAGGCCAGGUCCAUGACUGAUGUUUACCUGUUGAACAUGGCCAUCACAGACAUACUGUUUGUCCUCACUCUGCCGUUCUGGGCAGUGACUCACGCCACCGGCACUUGGGUUUUCAGCAAUUCCCUGUGCAAACUGAUGAAAGGUAUUUAUGCCAUCAACUUUAACUGUGGGAUGCUGCUCCUGGCCUGUAUCAGCCUGGACCGGUACAUCGCCAUCGUCCAGGCAACCAAAUCUUUCCGGGUCCGAUCCAGAACGCUGGCACACAGCAAGAUCAUCUGUUUCGUUGUGUGGGCCAUAUCAGUCUUCAUCUCAAGUCCCACAUUUAUCUUCAACAAGAAAUACCCGUUCCAGGGUGGAAUAGAGGUCUGUGAGCCCCAGUACAAGUCUGUCUCGGAGCCCAUCACCUGGAAGCUGCUGGGGCUGGGGCUUGAGUUGCUUUUCGGCUUCUUCAUCCCUCUGCUGUUCAUGGUAUUCUGCUACCUGUUCAUCAUCAAAACCUUGGUGCAGGCCCAGAAUUCUAAAAGGCACAGAGCUAUCCGCGUCGUCAUCGCUGUGGUCCUUGUGUUCCUAGCUUGUCAGAUCCCUCACAAUGUGGUCCUGCUCAUGACUGCAGUAAACACAGGCAAAAUGGACAGGUCCUGCAGCGGUGAGAUUCGCCUCGCCUACGCCAGGAACGUGGCUGAGGUCCUGGCUUUCCUCCACUGCUGCCUCAACCCCGUGCUGUACGCAUUUAUUGGACAGAAAUUCAGAAACUACUUCGUGAAGAUCAUGAAGGAUGUGUGGUGUGCGAGGAGAAAGAACAAGGUGCCGGGCUUCCUCUGCGCGCGGGUGUACUCAGAGAGCUAUGCUUCCCGGCAGACCAGUGAGAUCAUGGACAAUGACAAUGCCUCAUCCUUUACCAUGUAAUGUGGGGGUAUGAAGCCACACAGUCCAAAUGCCUUUAUGAAACCUGCUAUUGUGUGUGUGUGUGUGUGUGUGUGAGAGAGAGAGAGAGAGAGAGAGAGAGAGAGGCCCAAAUAACUAUGGAAAUUAAGCCAAGUCUUCCAGCGGGCAGGUAGGCACCAAUAGCCAAGCUCUCCCCAGUGUGGUUGAUAAGAAACCUUGGUGGCUCUUGCAUUCUGGGAUUGGCGGUCCACAAAAGAGGCUUUGGGGGAUGCUGGAUUAGAGUGAAGUGCUUAUGAACAUAAAUGUAUUCAGAAAUGUUUGUGAGGGGGUCGCAGACCCAGUGACGGCCCAAAACAAGGACACAGCUUGGGAAAGCAACAGAAGCCCCCCUGGGACUUGCGUGAUGCUAAGGGGAUGUUUACCAUCCCUGAUGGCAAAUCGCAAAGAUCCUGUACCCAGUUCCUUCUUCUCCUCUCAGCCAGGCUGUGGGACAGCAACCUGGAAAGCAGGAACCAAGUAGGAAGUGGGGUCCAUGGUCUCGCUGUCAGCCUGUGAGCUUGCUUCUGCUUCAGAAAGUGGUUUCCUAUGGCUCCCCUCCCCUCUGAGGUGGGUGGAGUCUGAGCGGGCAAGCUGGGUUUGUGUUCCAGGCAGGGUGAAGGGCUUGGCAGCUUCUAGCAUAGUUCAACAUUCAUCCCAUGGCAGGUAAACUUGGCUGGUUUGUAGCUGAAAGUGCUUUUCUUUCAGUUCUGAAAUGGAGCUGGAGAUUGUGGUCACCCCGGGCUUCAGGUCAGCCCCUGGACAGUGGAAAGCAUGCUGGCCUCCAGGACCAAGUGGAUUUAUUGUUGGUUUAAAUCGGGAAUUGAACCUGGGGUCUCACACAAGGCUCUGCAAGUGAGCCGCCACUGUUCUAUAGUCUAAGACCUUUCUGACUUGGAAAUCCUCCUGCCUCAGCUCUACAAAGAUCUGGGAUUACAGGCUGGUGCCACUGAGACUGAUCUUUAGGCGGCUUUACCUAAAUUCAUGGUUAGCAGUAGUAAGUCUCUCCUGCCUCAUCAGAAGCUCAUGGGACUCUAGUCCUUGAAGUGCUGCGGAAGCAGAUGGCGAACCUGAACUGGGGAUGCAGAAACACAAAGCUCGUGCCAAAAGUGGCUGAUGUGAGUGUCGGAAUACUGACGUGCUCAGUUCUGACACAUGGUUUGGAAGGUGAAUGGUUAGUGAGCUGUAGCAAUGCCUGA